AUGAAUUUUAUUGAUAAACUUCUUAAAAAUAAUCCGCAUGUUCAUAUUCAUAAUGAUAAACGAAUUCAUGUUGAAGAAAUUAUUUGUUCAUUAAUUAAUGAUGGACGAAAAAUGUUACAUGUUGUAGCUGAUUUUGAUUUUACAUUGACAAUGUAUGAAAAAAAUGGGUGUCCAUUACCAACAACAUUUGCUGUUGUCGAAAGCAAUGAACAUGUUACAUUGCCUGAUGGUUCAUUAGUUCGUGAUCAAGCUGAUCAAUUACGUUUAAAAUAUCAUGCAAUUGAACAUGAUGUUAGUUUGACUAUACAAGAAAAAAUUCCUUAUAUGAUUGAAUGGUGGCAGAAAGCUCAAUCUCUCAUACUUGCUUCGAAUCUCAAUCAAUCAAUGAUGCGAGAGUUAGUAUAUCAAUCAAAAUUAGAAUUAAGACAAGGUGUAAACGAAUUUAUUACUGAUUUAUUACAAAGUGAUAUUCCUAUUCUCAUUUUUUCUGCUGGGUUAGGUGAUGUGAUUAAAAUUUUUCUGGAAAAAGAAAUUCCUAAAUUUAAAUAUAAUCAUAAAUCUUCACAUAUUGUCUCGAAUUUUAUUCAAUAUGAUCUCAAUGGAAAUUUAAUCUCAUUUAAUAAAAAACUCAUUCAUUCAUUUAAUAAAAAUGAACAUGAAAUUGAAGAUACAUCAUAUUAUCAAUCAAUUCUCAAUCGUUCAAAUGUUAUUCUUUUAGGUGAUACACUUGGUGAUGUUGGAAUGGUUGGUGGAAUGAAUAAUUUAAAACAAGUUCUUAAGAUUGGUUUUUUAAAUGGAAGUAUACCAGCAAAAUUAGAAGUUUAUAAAAAAGUUUUUGAUAUUGUUAUCUGUGAUGAUCAUACAUUUGAUAUACCUAAUUUAAUUUUAAACGCAAUUUAG